AUGGUGCAAAAGAGGAAGACAAAAGACAGUAGCAGUGAUAAAAAAAUAGAAGCUUUCGCCUCCUCGUCCUCUUCAACAGCCGCUAACACCAUUGAACAGCCUCGAAAGCGCUACAUGGGAGUCCGGCAAAGUCCAUCGGGGCGGUGGGUGGCGGAGAUCAAAGGCACAGCACAGAAGAUCCGCCAGUGGCUUGGCACCUUUGACACCGCCGAGGAAGCCGCUCGAGCUUAUGAUGAGGCUGCCUGCCUCCUCCGUGGCGCCAACACAAGAACCAACUUUUGGCCGCGGUCCUCGGGCUGGCCUGGCGGGUCAGACUCCGCAUCUUCGAUGCUUCCUGCCAAGGUCUUCAACCACCUCCUACGCCACCUCGAAACCCAGCAGGCCGCUCAUGCCCAAACAUCCUCGCCACCUCCGCCUUCGAUGCCUCUACCGUCAGUACUGCAGCCGGCGCCGGAGCAACAGCAGUUCGAUAACCAAUCAGAAAUCGAACCCAUCAACAGAAUAGCUUAUGGUGAUCAGCUUCUGAGUGAUGUGAGCGUUUCAAGUACCACUCAAAGUGGUGAAGAGAAUGAAUUCAGUAUGACUUAUUGCAAUACAGAAUCCAUCUGCACUCAUGAUGAUCAGCAGAAAGUGAAAGAUGAUGAAGUAGAUAAAAGUGUUAAUUUUUCAGACACGCAUCUUAGAUUGGAGGAAGAGUUGUCAGGCUUCUAUGAAUCAUUUGAGAUUUCUAUGGUGAUGGAGGAAGCUAGGAGGAAAGCAGAGAUGGGUACGUAUGAGUAUUGGUUGAUGCUUUCUUCUGCUGCAAAAAAUGUUUGA